AUGGCUGAGUAUGAACCAUAUAUCCUCGGGAUUAGGAUGGAAGUUUACAUGAACAUCAAUGAGCUUCUGCAUCCUGAUAAGAACUAUAUAGACUUUAUUAGGAUAGAGGUUUGGGAUCAGGAGGCAUACUAUUUCCAUGUAGACGAGGAGCCAAAUGGUAAAUCGUGGUACUACGACAUCAAAAGGUUCCUUGAAGCAAGAGAAUACCUAAAGAAGGCCACCAAUGGUCAGAAACGAGCACUCAGAAGGCUAGCAAAUCACUUUUUCCUUAAAGGGGAAGUCCUGUAUAGGAGGACCUCGGAUUUGGGUCUCUUAAGGUGUGUAGAUGCUGCUAAAGCAACAAGAUUACUAGAAGAAAUACACACAGGAACAUGCAGACCUCACAUGAAAUGUUUCACUUUGUCCAAGAAGAUGUUGAGAGCCGGAUACUUUUAG